UCCUGGGGAUGCUGCCAGCUGCCCUGCACCUCCCUGCCUGAGCCAGCAGAGGAUGGAAGUGAUCGGCAUCAGCUGGGCAAAGGACCCUUCGCCGGGUGCUGGGAUGUCACCCCACUGAAGAUGGGAGUUACAAAUGGGCUUGUGACCUGCAUGUGUGGCACAGGCACCUGCAUUGCCAGACUUGUUGGGCAGUAGUCCAGGGCCACCACAAGACAGGCAGACUUUGGCCACAGCAGCUCAUCCUGUUAACUCCUCUGUGAAACCAUACAUGGAAAAGCUUCCCUUCGCCUCCAGUGAAUGAGGGUGGUGGGUGCCUGUGCCCUGCACAUGGUUGUGGAGCUCCCUGCCCACCAGCAGGGUGGGCAGCAUGUUGGGUAUCACCCUGCUCCCCCCGUGAGACCGGCAGCAGCCAAGCAUGGAGCCCUGCAGCUCUGUCCCUGGGGACAAAUGCCAGCUGCCGGAUUCCUCUCCAGAGACCCAAGAGCAGCCUGUGAGGCACCAGGACUGACUGCUUCCGUGCUGUCAGUAGGCAGUCUGGGACGCCUGUUGUCAUAGAUGUGACUGCAGCCUGCUGCAGGAGUGCUCCAGCUGCAGGAUACGGGAUGCAGCAGGGAUGGGGAUGCUCUGCAUUGACCACUGAGCCCCAUGUUGAUAGUGUGGACUUUCCUCCUCGUCUUCCCUAAAGGAUGCUAGUUGUCUCUCCAAAAGGUACUGCUUAUGCAGCCUCCUAGAGUGCAAUGGCGAAGGGUCUGCAGGGCUUCUCGUGGACCAUGCUGCUGCUGUUCUGCACUGUCCAGGAGCUGGGGGCCUGGGCCAUGCACACUGCGGUGGAGGGCACUGGCCUGGGUCAGCCAGGGGACCCUGCGCUACUGGCCGGUGGGCGAGUGAAGCGUGGCUGGGUCUGGAAUCAGUUCUUUGUGGUGGAGGAGUACACGGGCACAGAGCCGCUGUACGUAGGGAAGAUCCACUCAGACUCGGAUGAGGGGGACGGCUCCAUCAAGUACACAAUCUCCGGGGAGGGCGCAGGGACUAUCUUCCUCAUCGAUGAGAUCACAGGUGACAUCCAUGCCACCGAGCGUCUGGACCGGGAGCAGAAAACUUUCUACACGCUGCGAGCUCAGGCCCGUGACCGGCAGACAGACCAGCUGCUUGAGCCAGAGUCAGAGUUUAUCAUCAAGGUGCAGGACAUCAACGACAGUGAGCCACGCUUCCUGGAGGGGCCCUACAUCGGCAGCGUGGCCGAGCUAUCCCCUGUCGGCACCUCAGUGAUGCAGGUGAUGGCAUCUGAUGCUGAUGACCCCACGUAUGGGAGCAGUGCUCGAGUAGUCUACAGCGUGCUGGAGGGCGAGCAGCACUUUACUGUGGACAGUAAAACAGGUGUGAUUCGGACAGCCGUGGCUGACCUGGACCGUGAGACACAGGACCGGUAUGAGGUGGUGAUCCGUGCGACGGACAUGGCGGGACAGCUGGGUGGCCUCUCUGGUCCACCACAAGUCACCAUUGUUGUCACUGAUGUCAAUGACAACCCACCACGCUUCCCACAGAAGAUGUAUCAAUUCAGCAUUGUUGAAACUGCUCCUGUGGGCACCGCCAUUGGGAGGGUGAAGGCAGAGGACUCUGACGUCGGGGAGAACACAGACAUGACAUACCAGGUGAAGGAUGAGGAAGGGGUGGAGAUGUUCAAAGUCACCACAGACAGCAAUACCCAAGAGGCUAUCAUCAUGGUACAGAAGCCUCUUGACUACGAGUCGAAAAAAGUGCACACUGUUGUGGUGGAAGCCCUCAACAAGUUUGUGGACCCACGGUUUAUGGACCUGGGCACCUUUCGGGACCAGACCAUUGUGCGAGUCUCAGUGAUGGAUGUUGAUGAGCCCCCUGAGUUCCGGCCCCUGUCCAACCUGAUGGAGGUCCAGGAGGAUGCGCAUGUUGGCUCUCUCGUGGGAGUAGUCACUGCCCUUGACCCUGACACAGCGAACCAUCCUGUCCGGUACGCCAUCGACCGCAGCACAGAUACAGAGAGGAUCUUUGACAUCGAUGCCAGCACAGGUGCCAUUGUGACAGGAAAGGUCCUGGACCGGGAAACAGCAGGGUGGCACAACAUCACUGUCCUGGCCAUGGAAGAAGAUAAUCACUCACAGGUAUCCAGAGCCUCUCUCCGUAUCCGGAUCCUGGAUGUGAAUGACAACCCACCUGAGCUCGCCACCCCCUAUGAAGCUGCAGUGUGUGAGGAUGCCAAGCCAGGCCAGCUGAUCCAGACAGUAAGUGUAGUGGACCGUGAUGAGCCUCAGAGCGGCCAUCGCUUCUACUUCACACUGGCACCUGAAGCCAUCAACAACCGCCAUUUUUCUCUGCUGGAUAUUAAGGACAACACGGCUGCAGUGCACACACAAAGAAUGGGCUUCAAUCGCCAGGAGCAGGACGUGUACCUGCUUCCCAUCUUGGUGGUGGACAGUGGUCCCCCAGCCCUCAGCAGCACGGGGACUCUGACCAUCCGCGUCUGUGGCUGUGACAGCACUGGGGCCAUCCAGUCCUGCAACAGCACAGCCUAUGUUGUGACAGCCACGCUGAGCCCUGGUGCGCUCAUCGCACUGCUUGUCUGCGUCCUCAUCCUGGUCGUGCUGGUCCUUCUGAUCCUCACACUGAAGCGACAUCACAAAAGCCACCUGACAACCGAGGAUGACGAGGACAUGAGAGACAAUGUCAUCAAGUACAACGAUGAAGGGGGAGGCGAGCAGGACACAGAGGCCUAUGAUAUGUCAGCCCUGCGCAGCCUCUACGACUUCAGUGAGAUCAAGGGUGGUGAUGGAGGCGGGGGGCUGGGAGAGGGGGGCCUGAGUAUUAACCCAGCCUCCAAGCUCCACACCCUCCCACAGUGGGUGCAGAGCCCAGACCUGGACUUCUCCAUGUUCAGAGACUACAUCUGCAAGAAGGUGGAGCUGGCAGAUGGGGACCUCUCCGUGCCACCCUAUGACUCGUUCCAGACCUACGCCUUUGAGGGCUCAGACUCCCCUGUGCCCUCCCUGAGCUCCAUCAACACCUGGUCCAGCGGCUCGGAGCAGGACUUCUCCUUUCUGGGAGGCUGGGGGCCGCGUUUCCGACAGCUGGCAGCACUCUAUGCUGGGCGCCGGGGUGAGGAAGACAGUGAGGGAUCCUAGCUGUCCCACCAACCCCUGCCAGACUCCCGGCACCUCCUGCACCAGGGCUCUGUGCCCCACGGUGCCACGCAAGGACAGCGUGUGCCUCUGGCCAGGCUUGUCAGCUGCCAGAGAGGGGCUGCACCGAGGGGCUGGGGAGCACCAGCAACGUGCUCCUUGUCGGCUGCCUCCUGUUGGGUGCCUCUGCACCCACAUGAUAAGGCUGGAGUGCCCAAAGGAGCUGCUGUAGCAGUAGUCAUCUCCUUAAUACCAAUCUCCAUUAAAGCACUACGCAUUAAUUUAAGAAAGAGAAAAUCUAAUUCAAGAGAGUUUGGAGGGGGAGUUCUCCUCCACAAAUUAUCAUUUAAAUAGAUCUGUGCAGUGAGCCCAGUUCAGGAGAGGAAGAGCAAACCGGGAGCCUUUUGUUGUCUAAAUUGUUUUUGUCACUUGAGUCAGAACAUUUGAAGUGCUUUGGUUUCUCUAAGAGCUUUCCUUGCAGAGGGAAACGAGCUUUUAACUUCUGUUUGGCUUUUUCCUCUGUAUGUUUGUUUGCUUUUUGGAGUCCUUCUCUAUGUGUGUGGGUUCAUCCCCAUUGCCUGACUGCUGGCACAGUAUUGGAAGGAGCUUGCGCUGGGGGAUGGGCGUGAUGGAUGUGGGCUCCAAGGUCACAUCCUGCACGGAGCGAGCACUGCUCUAGAGUUCAGUGCAAAACACACUUUGCUGCUUAGCUGCUGCUGCUUUGCCUCUCAGUUCUUAGACCCUGCGGUUAUCCAAGAUGUCUGUGAUCUGAAGCAGCUCUCUCCCUUCCUGCACAGCAGAUACCAUCUGUGAGGCCCUGAUGUGCCCCAUGGCCCCUGUGAUGGAUGUGCUGCUGAGGCACAACACUGUGUCCCCUGCUGUGUAACGAGGCAUAAAGCAGCCCUAGUGCAGGGCAGUGCCAUCGGGGGGGGGGGGUUCUGGGUGGGCUCUGCCAGCCCCUUGGGGCAAGCUGGACCUGGCUUUGUGGGGCCUCACCCAAGAGGACCUCAGGUAACCCUGGCCUGCAGUGUAGGGGAGAGCCAUGUCCCGGCUAGUACACCAUGCUGUAGGGUGUGAGAGAACCCCAGCCCUCUGGUUUAGAGGGAUAGUUCCUGCUUACUCCCAGCUGUGACAACAAAGCAGUCACCACUGGACACAGAAAAGCUGUCCUCAGAACAUGUUCCUAAGGCCAGAUCCUGCUGGUACUGCUGUGUGGCUGGGCUGGUUGGUGCAGUCUGGGCCACAGGUCUGUGACACCUCAGGGUACCUGGAGUGUCCCCACCCUGGCACAGUGCCCUGCAAGAAACCAGCAUGAGCUUCUGCAGCAGGGCUGCAUUUGCAUGAAAUGUCUAGUUUCAGGAGGAAGGUCAGGAGGAGGCUGGCAGGAUGUGCCCUUUCUUCCAGGACUGGAGGUCAUGCUGGAGGAACAAGAUCUGUGCCACACGCCUUCCCUGAUCAGCAUGUUUGGGCUGUGUUGGGGACUGCAACUCCUUAUCUGUUCGUGUUGGGAAAAAAAAAUUACAUAAAUGAUAGGUAACUAACUGAUAGGGUCUCCCAAGGCCUGGCACAUCCUGGGCUUGUCACUGGGUUUGUCCUUUUUGUUUAUCCACAGACUGUUUUCUCUCCUUGUUGUUUUCUCUGUAAAUGUAGACGUGUGUUCAUUUUUCACUGUUUUGCUUCCCGGCUGCUGGUGUUGGUCCUUUGACUGCAGAGUGAGACCUGACAGCGGAGAGGGGCAGGACAUGUUUUUGUCACUCCUCUUGCCCACAGCCACCAAGUCAGCCUAUGUGGGAGCAAUAGCUCAGUUUUCUUGCUGGGCCAGGAGCCGCUCGCUUCUCAGGGUCUCCCAGUCCCCCCAAAGAAGGCAGAAGGUGCCGGCGAGAUGCUGGUUCACUGUGAUGGUGCUGGGGAGGCUGUGGGGCCAGGAGGCUGCUUUGCACUGCCCCACGAGGGCUGGCUUCAGGCCACACUGCCCCAGGGAGGGGAUGCCCUGGAGCAGGAGAAUGGAGAAAGCCCUCUCUUUCCUCAGGAACCUGUUCGUGUUUUCCCUCUGGGCUGAGGAGCCAUGCCCAACCCCUCCGGAGCUGGCCCUUCCUCUAGCAGAAAUGUUGUGCAAUAGAAGGGCUCUCUCCAUAGGAGAUGGGGUCUGACAGGGUACACGUUUAGAACCCCUCACCCUUCUCACCUCCCCUACCAGCCAGUCCUCCCCAACACGCAUGCACGCACGCUUGCAGUUUAAUUUCUUUCCCACGUGUAGCCGCAGGAGGAGUGCGGCGCUGCCCGCUCUGCCUGCCCCACACAUGGCAGGUGGAACUGGCAGCCGCCACAAGGUCUGAUGGUCACUUUGGUUUUCUUUCUCUACCCAGAUAAAAUUAGGAAGUUGGUUUCCUCCCCCUUGUUAUUUUUCAAGGUCUUUCUAGGACCUGGAAAUAAAUUAUUUCCGUGUCGUAAA